CAGCUUUUCACAGGAAGCGGCCAUUUACCACUGCAGCUCUGCUGUGUUCUGGCGGAUUUCAGGUCAGCGUUCAAGGCCUUUUCCCCGACUUUAGGGGACAGCCUGCGGGGCAGUGGCAUGUGUCACCGUGUUUUUUUUUUUUUCUUCUUUUCCUGACUCUGGAGUUACGGCUCUGCGAGUGGCCUUUCUGUGAGAGCAUCAUCCAGCAGGCACAGGUCCUCUGCCUGCUGGCAAGUGACUCACACUGGUGACUGGAGGCUGAGCCCUGCUGGCCCGGAAGAAAUGGAAGGCCUCCGGAAGAGCACAUAUGGAGCCAUAGUUGAAGGGAGCAGGGAAGCCUACUGUGGAGCAGAAUCGGGCAGCCUGAGGAUCCUCCUGGUGGGUAAAUCUGGCUGCGGGAAAAGCGCCACAGGGAACAGCAUCCUCUGCCGAAAAGCAUUUGAGUCCAGGCUUGGAGCCCAGUCAGUGACCAGGACCAGCCAGGCAGAGACGGGCACAUGGAAGGGAAGGAGACUGCUAGUGGUAGACACGUCCCCCAUCUUUGGGUCAAAGGCCCAGAACCAAGACAUGGACAAGGACAUUGGAGAUUGUUACCUGCUGUGUGCCCCAGGACCCCACGUGCUGCUGCUGGUGACCCAGCUGGGACGCUUCACAGCUCAGGACACCCUAGCCUUGAGGAGGGUGAAGGAGAUCUUCGGGGCAGGAGUCAUGAGGCACACGAUCGUCCUCUUCACCCACAAGGAAGACCUGGCAAAUGAGACUUUGGAUGAGUUUGUGACCCACACUGAUAACCACAGCCUGCGCAGCCUGGUCCACGAGUGUGGGAGGAGGUACUGUGCCUUUAAUAACAGGGCCUCAGGGGAAGAGCAGCAGGGACAGCUGGCAGAACUCAUGGCCCUGGUGAGGGGGCUGGAGCAGGAGUGUGAGGGCUCUUUCCAUAGCAACGACCUCUUCCUUCAUGCCCACGUGCUCCUUAGCGAUGGCUGCCGUGAGUACCAGGAAGCCUACAGGUGCUACCUGGACAAGGUGAGGCAGGAGAUGGGGAGGCAGAAGCGGGAGCUGGAGGAGCAGGAGGGCAGCUGGGUGGCUAAGAUGCUUUGCAGAGUCAGGACAUGCUCGUGCUCCCAAAUCGCAGCCGCCGCCCUUCUUAUUGGGUGUGGUUUGAUUUUUAUUGGCAUUUUAAUUAACUUUUAUGUUAACCAGUGGAACUGAGCCUUUUCAGGUGAUUUCUGCCAUCAGCGCCCUCUCCCAAGGUUCGCAUUUCUGUCUGCACUGGGGUACCUCAGUUUCACGCUCAUCUGAAUCUUUUGAAUCAAGUAUGAAAGAAAAAGAACGUAUUUCUUAAGUUGUGAGGGUGAAUCAAGUAGUUCCAUCAUAAAGGCCCGGGUGCUAAUAUUCAGGCAUCUGCACUGGCCGGCCCUUAAAGUCCUGACAGGCUGCUCCUCAACUCCGCCCACUAAGAACACCCCCAUGCACAUUCGUCAUGUUCCCUCAUAAAAGUCAAGCCUCGUCACCUCCUGUCUCCUUCUCUUCCACCACUCUUGUCCCCAGCGACCAGUCUCUGGCCCUCUCUCUGCCCCCUUUCCUGACCCUUCUUUCCUCUUCCAAAAAACCGCCACGGUGAGCCCUGCUGUAUGGCUUUACUCCUUCCUGCUGACUUUUAAACUAUAAUAUUGGUGUCGGACCCGCGGCAGGCUCUUCUGGGCUUCCUCUUGCCCACUGGCAGCCUGAGGCCUGCCAAGACCCCGGAUCCCGGUCCACAGAUGACAGCCUCACUUGUCCAACUAACAGGUUGUUUAGUCCCGCCUACCAAAAUGGGCGUGAUUGGUGAGCCUCCCGUUGUCUGGCCAUUCCCCACGAGUGAGGAUUCGUCUCUCCGCCGUGGUUUCUCACCUCUGGAACAAGCCCUGAUAUCAGGCAACCCAUGUGUCUCUUGGGGCUCAGCACGCCAUGGGCCCUGGACCUUUGGGUUAUGACUCACUGGCCAGCUUCUGCCUUCUCAAUCAAUCCAUUCGGAACUCCUGAACCCUCUGUUCAUUUUUUCUCCUUUUAGACUAAGAAAACAACACGCCUCAAACAUUUUGGGUUGGUAAGGACUUUGUAUGAUGAUAGAAAUGUAAAGUUAUAUGUCAUUCAACUCUGGUUUAGAAUAUACUCUAUAUCGUGAUAAAAAUUUAAGGUUAUAAAAGUCAAUUCAGAAGGUAAACUGUUUGAGAAGAGGAAAGAUAUGAACAAGAGUGGGGAGGGAUAAGAGAUGGUGUUGGGGACUGAAAAUGAACAAAAUUAUUAUAUAAAUGCAUGAAAAUGUCAUAAUAAACCAAGUAUUAUGUAUAACUUAUAUAUGCUAAUAGGAUGAGCAAUAAUAAAACUUUAAAAGAAGUUAAAAAAAUUAAGGUCUAUUCAGAUUAACAAAAGCUGACUUAGAGAUUUAUACCUAAGUACUUACAUCUUUGCCAAGUGUUCAACACCAAGCUUCCAGAGAACUUAAAUAAGUGAUGUCAUAUGUUUGAUAAAUAAGAUUUGAUAAACAAGAUAUAUAUUCUAUAAUGGAAUUUCUGGUCUCCCGAGAGGGUCUUUUUCCCAGAGCUGGGCAUUUGGGCGGAGGCCCCCAUGGCUUGCCAAGGGCAAUGCUGGCCUCUGUGCUCCCUCAGUCCCUGCUCACAGGCCCCUUUCUCCUGUUUCCAUGUGGCCCUGGUGAUCUUUCCCGUCCCUUUUCCUGUCUUCUCAGGAGACAGCCUUACGAGUGUGGCACAGAUUUGUUCUGUUCCCCUUUUUACUAUCGACUGCCCUCAGUCAUCAACCACCUGUCUCCUGGUAUCGGAUGGAAAGAGGGUGUGAGCUGAUGCUGUGGGGAUGGGGAAGGACCAGGGGCUUUCAGGUUUGUUUAUGUGAAGACGGGAAAGCAUAAGUGCUGACAAGGAGAAAGAGAUCUGAGAUGUAUAAAACAAUGAAACAUGUUCCAGAUUUCUCUCUCUUGCUCUGUUACUGUCUACAAUCUUGACAUUAAUUGAUGGAAUUCUGGUAAGCUAUCAGUCUAGCUCUGGCGGAGCACUAAACAUUAUACUCUACCACUAUAGUAUCACAGCCACAAGCUCAGGGUUUCAAAUUCUCUUUGGUUGCUUUCUAAUGUGUCUAAAACUUAUCUCUGUGUAAAUUCAAAGUUCUCGUGAGCUCCAGGGAGUCGCCUUAAACCCACUUCAAACAGCAUUUUGCCAGGUCCACGUGAUGCCUGACUGUUAUACAGAGACUGGACAGUGAAGUGAAACAGACACCCCAGGGUAUGGCCAACACCCCAGAUAUUCCAGGUCCCCAAAGGUGGCCAACACUGCCCCCCCAGGUCAGCAGGAAGCAGUCUCGAGAACAUGGCAUUCUCAUCCCUGCUAUCGCUUUCUAACUCCUCACCUUUUUAUAAUAAACAAGAAGGAGGAAUGUUAGUAUUCAGGCAUCUGGACUGGCCUGCCCUUGGGGUCCUGACAGGAUGCACCCUCAGCUGCAGGCACUAAGAGCACCCCGUGCACAUUGGCUAAGUUUCCUUAUAAAAGGCAGGCCUUAUCCACCUCCCGUCUCUUCCUCUUCCACCACUCUUGCCCCCAGAAACAGAUCUCUGUCCCACUUUCUGCCCCUUCUCUGUCCCCUUUUUUGUCCCUUUUCUCUCCUUUUCCAAUAAAGCUCCCAUGUGAGCCCUGUUGUAUGGUGUGACUCUCCCUCCCUCUGUUUUCAAAACUAUAACACUGGGGACUUUCAAAAAGGAGGGUGUUUGGACUGUGUAGCAAUGGGUGUGUCUCACCUAGUGCCCCACUUCCUACAGAGGGGAUGUUAACACACAAAGCUGAGGACAGAAUCUUAUUUUAGUCAUAAGUCCACCCUGAUCUCAUUAUAGCUGUAAAAGUCAGGUCUCCGUCCUCUUCCCAGCCCCAAGAAAGGAUAAGGACAGUGUUUACGAAGCAGAGGGAGCUAAGGUAUACAAGAGAAUGGAGUCAAGAGGCCUGGGCAUGAGUGGGGAACGGAGUGAAGAGGCUACAGGAUCAGGGUGGGUCUCACCCCAGGGAUUGCAGGGUCGUCAGUCAAGAAACACAGAAACCAGAAAGUCUAAAUUCAGUAAUACAGAGAGCCAGAGGGUGGGUGUCUUGGGCGUGGAAGACUGGAGAGUACAAUAUAGCUGCUCGACACCACAUGCAGGCAAAAGCCACUAUGAUCAAGAGGCUGUGUGCUCAUAAAACUUGGUGAGCACUGAAUUUUGAAUUAUAUGUAAUUUUCAUGUGUGAAACUAGAACAUUAUUUCCUGAAUUCUUCAACCAUUAGAAAAAGGUGAAAAUGAGUUGGUUUAAGGGUUUAAGAUCACAUAUUGCUCUGCUGGAGAAGCAGUGUUUGAAUUCCAGCACCCACCACCAGGCAGCUCACAACAGCCUGUUAUUCUAGCUCUGGGUGAUCCAGUGCCCUCUUCUGGCCUCCACAGGCACUGCACUCACAUGUGCACACACAAACAAAAAUAAAAUUAAUCUUUUUUAAAAAUGUGAAAACCAGGUUGGGAAGAUGAAUUCAGGUGGGUGGGCAAAGUGCUUGCCAAACAAGUGUCCACAUAAAAUCCAAGCUCAGUGUUGCACGUCUG